GGGGGACGGAAAUUAAAGUCCAAAUGGGAAGUGGCGGAGCGGGAAACAGCUUUUAAAUUUAAGGCCCCUUUCACAGGCCUAAGGGUUAAAAAAUCCCCCCAGCAGCCCGUGUGGGGGAGACGACUAUCAAAUUUCCCAAAAACUGAUGGCGAUCCGGAUAGUCAGCGUUGUGUAUGCAAUGCAGAAAAUUCUACGAAGUACAUGCCGGUGGGUGCGAUGAUAGAGAAGAUCAUUUUACCGUGUUCUUCCAUCCAUAAGAAGGAACAACCUGCGAACCGGGAGCUUUAUUGCCUGACCGUGAGCAGCUUCUGGGAUACACAAGAGGCCCCAUGGCAGGAGUGGCGGAGCGUAAGCAGCUUCAAUUAAAGGCCCCUACAGAGGCCUAUGUUAAAAAGUCCCCCCAGCAGCAGCGUGGGAGAAGAUGCCUAUCAAGAGUCCAUGGUCUUGAGUGCGAUCCGGGAAGUCAGCGUUGUGAUUGCAGACAGAGGCAU